UUGGUUUUAGCCGGUAAAAACACAAAUGGCAAGAGUUCCUAAAAACCACCGGAUUUUGACGUGCGACGGCCGGGAAUCUGAGUUUUCCGGCGAAACUGCCAUAAAUCUAUCCGACGAUACAGUGUUCCAGUUCCUCAGCGAAGAAUGCGAGGUGUUGAGUAGCUGUUUUGACGAUUAUUCAGACGACAACGAGAAAGAAAAUAAAAACGAAGAUGAAAUUCCAGGUGCUGAAGACGACAGUUUUUGGGAAACUCAACAUCAAUUAUUGCAAUCAACGAUAUGCAGAACAAGUUCUUUGGAAUCUAGAAUCCGAAAUAUCACCAAAGAAGCAGUAAAAGAGGCCACCGGCGUUUGCGAAUGCGGCAGAGCCGCCGACGGUUGCCGGAAAUGUCUAAUGGCGGAUAUGUGCCGCCGCCUCCAGAUCGCAGGGUUUAACAGUGCAAUAUGCAAGUCCAAAUGGAUGAGCUCACCCGAUAUUCCUUCAGGGGAACACACGUUCUUGGAUGUAAUCGAUGGAUCGAAUCCGAAGAAGGAAGUGAGGGUGGUGAUCGAGUUGAAUUUCCGAUCGCAAUUCGAGAUGGCACGAGCGAACGAAGAGUACAGCAAAGUGGUGAAGAAGCUGCCGGAGAUAUUCGUGGGGAAGAUGGAGAGGCUGCUGGCGGUGCUGAAGAUCGUGUGUAGAGGCGCCAAGAGGUGCAUGAAGGAGGAGAAGAUGCACAUGGCGCCUUGGAGAAAGCAUCGCUACAUGCAGGCUAAGUGGCUCAGGACUUGCGAGCGCUUGGCGUCUCAGCAGACUUUCGCCUCGGGCUACUCCGCCCGCCCGCCCCGCCCCGGGAAGUCCUUGCUCACGGUUGACUUGAUGAUGGAAAAUCUGCAUAGACCGGUUGUUGCAGUCGUGUGAACUUCCGAUCGACUGUUUUUACUCUUUUUUUUUUUGGCCGUAAGAUAUGUAAAUUAGUACUAGUUGAGUGAGGAUCACAAAAGAUCCUGCUUCUGAGAUGAAUCUUGAAAUCUUCUUUUUUGUAUCUGCAGUACUUACACUUGCUCAAAGGAAAUCAAUCAUGUGCAUAGCUUGGUAUAAGGGUGGGUAGAUACGGUAUACCUUACCGAAACCACCAUACCGUAUAUUCGGUAUGCGAAAAAAUCAUACCUUUAUCUUACCAAAAUUUUCGGUAUACCGAACUUCGGUAUACCUUAUUUUCAGUAUGGAGAAUUUUCAUACUGAUAUUGUACCUCAUUUUCGGUAUGUCGUACCAAAGUUCGGUAUACCAUACUUUUGCGGUAUACCUUACUUUCAAUAUCAAUGAAAAUUGAAUAUUUGAGUUUUUAGAAUACUA